AUGAAUUUAACUUAUAGCGAUGAUUUCGAAAGCGAUGACUCAAGUAAUGAUCCGAUAUUUACACCUUCCGUAAAGCAAAUGACAAAACCAAUUGAUACUCCAAAGUCUAAUAAAGAAAAUAAACCUGAUAAUAACGAAAUUUACGGAGUAUUGAGUUUUCAAAAAAUGAAUAAUAUCAUAAAGCAAAGAGAAGAGUAUCUAAAAUGGCAACAAGCAGAAAACACUCGCAUCUGGGGCGAAAAUUUCAGUCCUUAUUCUUCACUUGACAAGAUUGCAAAUCGAAUAGCAUUAAUGCAAGUAAAAGAAGUUACGGAUCUAUUGGGAAAAACAUGCGACGAUUUUAUUGAGUCACUAGUACAUACAGAAUUUUUCCCAGAAAAUAAUCAAUAA